UUGUAGGUGGGGGGUAUCCCGCAACCGAGGUCGAUUACUAAGGUGAUCGAUACCUUAUACAUGAAUACUUGGCACGUCUUAUACAUAUACACAUACAAGCUCUCAACAACUUCAUCUCAUUCUUGAGCGUUUUCAUCACAUCGGAUCUCAUUUCUCAUUUUCCCCAAAGUUAUUAAUCGACCACAGCCUCGAAAUCGGUAAUCUGACUCAUCACUAUGGGUGGUCAUAUUGACUUGUACCUCGACAUCGCGUCGUUGUACAGCUACAUAGCACUCAUGCAAGCCAUAAAAACUCAGGAUCUUUUAAAACAACACUCUGUAGAACUUGACAUCCACCCGUUCUUCCUCGGCGCCGUGAAUGCCGGCUCCGGCAAUAAACCCCCCUGGACCCUCCCCGCCAAAGCCGUGUACGGGGUGCACGAUAGCCAGCGCUCGCUGCGCGCCGUCGGACUAUCCAACGUCUCGCCGCCGGGGGACCUAAUGCAGGUAGGCCGGACCAUCGUCCCGCUUCGCGCGCUGCUCUACGUCAAGACGCGGUACCCGGCCGCGACGUACCUCGCCACAUGGCGGGCUCUGUUCCACGCGUUCUGGACGCUGCACCGACCGCCCAUCACGCCCGAGGCUUUGGGCGAGACGCUCGAGAGUAUUCCCGCCAACACCAACGCCAACGCCAGUCUUGCUAGUUCUUCUCCGCCCGGGAAGGGACGGGACGGGGAAAGAUUGUUCUCGGCCGAGGAGGUCGCGGACAUCUUGCAGGCGGAGAAGUCCGUCGAGUACAAGAACGCGCUCCGGGAGGCGACGCAGAGAGCGCUGGACCAGGGCGCGUUCGGCGCUCCGUGGCUGUGGGUCACGAACGCGACGACGGGGGAGAGCGAGCCUUUCUUCGGUAGCGAUAGGUGGAGUCACGUAUAUGCCUUCCUUGGGCUGCCGUAUCAAGAUGUUGAGCUAUUACCGCCCGGGACUGCAAAAGGUUCGGAGGCAAAACUCUGAUUUCAGAAUUGAAAUAGGGGGUUCCUUUGUGACCAAAGCAGAUAUGUAUGUAGGUACCUACAUAUACAUGUGGAAGUAUGAAGACGCCGAAUCUUGCGGCCGCAAUGUUCAUCUAUUAAUCAAUAUAUGUACGCUAUGUCGUGAAUCUUUAUCGAAGAAGCAUUAAAGUAGGCAGUCUUUAU